UUGAGGAUAUCGGCUUCAUCGCUCCUAUUCGGCGCUGUUUCACUUUUGACUUUAAAUAUGUAAUUAUUGGAUUUUAAAAUGUAGCGCAUCAUUCAAGCAUGUUCAACACUUAAGUUAAGUAGCCUGCAUAAUUUGUAGUAAACAAACAAAAAAGUAAAUGUUAUAAGAUUUGCCAACACGAGUUGUAGUGUACUAGUGACGUGGCUAAUUAAACAUUAACCCGGUGACAUCGUUUAUUUAAACAGGAAGUCAUUUACAUAUGAAGCGGGAACGGUUCAAACUUGGUGGUGGCGGCGGUGAGGAAGGUCUUAGGUGUUUGACAGCUGUGUUGUAAAUGAAGGCAACAAAAUGGCGAAUUUGUUCGAUGAGAUCUCCCAGCGGCUGGAUUUCUCCAACUGUGGAAAGGAAGGCAGUGACGAUGGCAGCCAUAGCAGCAGCAGCUGCAGCAGCGACAACAACUCUGAUGACUGCACAUCCAGGAUGCAAAGUCCCAGCAGCCCUGCGUGCAGGACACCCAGGGUGCAGCGCCACCGCAGUCGAAACAACACAUUAUCUUCACCUUUGAGCUGCACCAGCCCCAUUUCUUUUGCCUCCUGGAAUAAGCUGAGGCUUUGUGAUUCCCCCAGCACGCCAAAGAGUCUGUUGUCCAAGUCGUCGCAGCCUUUUUCCACCACUAAAAUAAAUCGACAGCCAAGGACCCUGCGCUUCACUUCGGCUGUUGCAAGCCUCAUCCAGGCACCUUCAGUCAAUGUGAACCCUUUCACCCCCAAUUCGGAGCGCAGGUUCAGUGAGCAGCAGCAGUGGAAAAGCAGCCGCAGGAGUGAUACUGAUGCGGAUUAUGGGCACAGGUUGAAACACAGCCUGACAUCAUCAGAAGAGGAUGACGAAGCCUUCCUUCCGCCAAAGAGGCAAGCUGUCCAAGCCCUCAUGUUGUCGCGCUACGAGAGUGAGUUCCUGGAGCUGGAGCGUAUUGGCGUGGGCGAGUUUGGAACCGUUUACAAGUGUGUGAAGAGGCUGGAUGGUUGCCUGUAUGCCAUCAAACGGUCCCGACGGCCCCUCGCAGGCUCUGCGAACGAGCAGCUGGCUCUGAAGGAAGUGUAUGCACAUGCAGUUCUUGGCCACCAUCCCCAUGUGGUCCGCUAUUAUUCUGCCUGGGCCGAGGAAGACCACAUGAUUAUUCAGAAUGAAUACUGUAAUGGUGGAAGUCUCAGUGAUGUCAUCAGGACAAAGGAGAUGCAAGGGGAGAUAUUUUCUAGAGCCGAGUUGAAAGAUUUGCUUUUGCAAGUGUCCAUGGGUCUGAAGUACAUCCACAGUUUAGGACUUGUGCACUUGGAUAUCAAACCAAGUAAUAUAUUUAUCUGUCAACGUACUGUCUCGAGCACGGCAGGUGUGGGCGAGAGUGAGGAAGAGGAGGACGAAGGAAGUCACCCAGCAGGGGUUGUGUACAAAAUUGGAGAUCUGGGGCAUGUGACAUCAACCAAUAAUCCUCAAGUUGAGGAAGGGGACAGCCGCUUUUUAGCCAAGGAGGUUCUUCAUGAGGACUACACCCAUCUUCCCAUGGCAGACAUCUUUGCUUUGGGCCUUACCGUGCUGCUGGCAGCGGGGGCCCCACCAAUGCCCCAAAAUGGAGAUGAGUGGCAUCGGCUCAGAGAGGGCAACCUUCCCAUGCUUCCAAGGGAGCUCUCUGCUCCCUUCAGAGGGCUGCUUCAGUUGUUGUUGGAUCCAGACCCCACCAAACGGCCCUCAGCCAGAGAGCUUUGCAAGCACAGCGUCUUAAGGCAGGAGAGGACUGGAAGACUGGCGGCUCAGCUACGCCGAGAGCUAAACGUAGAAAAGUUCAGGACAGCCAUGCUUGAAAAGGAGCUCCAAGAGGCACGCCAGGCUGCUCUGUCCCCGAAGAGCCCACUGCCUGGCUUGAAAUUUCCUGGAAAGACAGGGUCACUGCCAAGGUCUGGGAGGAGGGUUGUGGGUAGAAAGACUGCACGGUCCAUGAGCUUUGGUUGUCCAGGGUAUGAAGUGUGAUGGGAGGAAGCCUGAUCCACAAGCUCAUCCCGUUGUGUGCAUACAACCGUUUUGCUGGUUCUGUAAAUGAUUGCAGUCAGUGGCAAGCACUAUGCCAGAGUUCCUUGCUAUUUUUGUUUUUAAACUGUGAAUAAAAAUUUUAAGGGUUUUA